GUCGAGUUGACCAUCGACCACAAGGAAUUUGCAGCGCAAGGUAGGUGUAGUAUUGACGCCUCCUGGUCAUAGGCUAAAUCACGUUCACAGCGACGCAGGCUGCGUUCAAUUGUCACUACAAGAGGGAUGCUCACCGCACCCGUCAACGCUCCAUCGACCAGGUGUACGAAGAACACAAUGUACAGAUAUUCAGACGCGUGAAAUGCUACUCACUUCGCCAAGGUCGCGGAUGCACUGUCCAUCGUUGACGAUGAGUGUGCCUGGUCAGCUAUGUCUCCUGGUAUGGCUUGGAUGCCGAGUUCCGACCAUCAGCCUGACAUUGACAUCAUCACUCCAAUGAUUCUUGGCGACAAGUGCUUGGGUCGCCCAGUGAUGAGUGCCACAUUCAUUCAAGUGAGGAUUCGACGGAAAAACGCUCGAGCGCAUAGUAGGUUUGUGGGCAGCCGGCCAGAUAUUACUCCGACAACGAAUCUCGGCUAUCCGGAGAGCAUGGAGUGUUACCAUCGUUCGCGAGAAAGUCCCCUCGCCCAACACUCAAAAUAUCUCAUCCUCAUAGACUGUUUCAUUGAUGGUUGCUCAUCGAACGUAUGUGGCGUGAUAGAACCAGAUGAGAAGAAUCUCUUCGCUGGUUUUCUGGGAUUGAUGGGGAUGUUAAUCAAUAAGACUCAAAACCUUACAACAUCAGGAAAUCAUAAGUUUAAAAGUAAGGUGAGCUGGUGCGCCAGAAUAAUUUGAAGCCGUUCUGGCGCGUUGACUCACUCUGCCCUGACCCAGAAGGAGCCACUAUCUGCCUUCUAUUGGAUCUGACUAUCGGAGACUCACCCUGACAGGGAAACCCAUUGGUGUAUGUAUGAAGACAAGCGCCCAACCAGAAAGUCGGAAAAUCACAUAAGAAUAUUUUCAAG